GGUCGGCGAAGGCGGCGCUUUUCUUUCUCCUCCGCUGAGGUGGGAGGCGGAGCGACUCAGGCCCGCUCGCAAAUCCCGUGCCGCAGGCGAGAGGAAGCCACCGCGGGCGGACGGGCAGAGCGAUGGCAGCGGUGCGCCGGCUCCUCGUGUACGGCGGCAGGGGGGCCUUGGGCUCCAAAUGCGUGCAGUACUUCCGAGCGAAGAACUGGGUAAACUGUUUUCUAGCCUGGGGAACGGAUCGGCCAUGGAAAGGAGAACCUCUUAUAUCUGCAGCUCAGCUGUGUUUGUGGGUGGCCAGCAUUGACUUAGCAGAAAAUGAUGAAGCAAGCGCCAAUAUUGUUGUGAAAAUGAGCGAUUCCUUUAUUGAGCAAGCAGAUCAGGUGACAGAAAAUGUUGGAAAACUCCUGGGGGAAGAAAAGGUUGAUGCUAUACUUUGUGUUGCUGGUGGAUGGGCUGGAGGCAGCGCCAAAGCAAAAUCUUUGUACAAAAAUAGUGACCUGAUGUGGAAACAAAGCGUUUGGACAUCAACAAUUUCUAGCCAUCUCGCCACCAAACACCUGAAGGAAGGGGGCUUGUUGACCCUAACAGGGGCAAAAGCAGCGUUAGCUGAAACUCCAGGAAUGGUUGGUUAUGGGAUGGCCAAAGCAGCAGUUCAUCAGCUUUGUCAGAGUCUUUCGGGUACAAACAGUGGCUUGCCACCUGGGUCUGCUGCAGUUGCCGUUCUCCCGGUUACCUUGGAUACACCAAUGAACAGGAAAUCCAUGCCUGAUGCAGACUUCAGCUCCUGGACACCAUUAGAUUUCAUUGCUGAAACGUUUUAUGACUGGAUCACUGGAAAAAACCGGCCAAGCUCCGGGAGUCUGAUCCAGGUGAUAACAACAGGAGGAAAGACGGAGCUUACUGCUGCUCACCUCUGAGCUAGGAGUGGUCAUUUGUGCAAGGUGUAUAUAUGUGUGUGUAGUUUGUGUGGCUUUCUCUCUUUCUGCCAUUUAAAUGGUAUUGUUUGUGGAGCAAGACCUGAGAUUAUAUUUGUGUUGCUUGAUGUGAGCCAGAUGCACUUAAAACACCAAAAGGUAUAAGGUGUCUUGUACUUAAAUCAGGGCUCUGAGUUUGAAGACUCACUAAUGGCCUAACUGCAGCAUUUUCUAGAGAAUUAUGUUGAGUCUUAGACAAAGCAAAUAAUAGGUAAAACUUUGCAUGAAGUGCGUACAUGUCACUGUUGUGGAAGGUCUACUGUCUUAGGUUUUCUUCUUUAUUAUAUUUCUGUGAGUUGUCAUCCUGACCGCUAUCUGGAUGGUCUUUUUGUCAGAUGUAGUUAUGAAUUGUGUCAUACAGAGCUUGACCAAAGAUGCAGUCUUACUACCCUUCCAGAAUGUUCUAUGCUAAACCAAGAAGUUCCAUGGAUAAAACAUAUUAUCAACAGUAUUGGUUGUGAACCGUACCACUUCAAGCUGUGUGUGUUGGGGGAGGGGGCUGUGUUUGAGUAGGCCUUCACCUGAACAAAGUUUUCCAAUAAGACAUGUACAAAACACAGGUGUGUCCAGAGCUUUUCGCUUUUAGAAAACAUUCAACCAUUUAUCUCCUAUUCCCAGUUGCAUUGAAGACAUCAAUCAGGAAGGAUGAGAGAGAGAGAGAGAAGGGUGUGAGAUAGAAACAUUAUUUUGCCUUAACAUCUAAAAAAUACUUGUCAGCAUAGUUCACACAUUAUUUGAGCAUGAGCCAGACCACCAUGGUGAUGGAGAAUAUUUGAAAAAGAUAUUGACUGAAGUCUUAUUGUACAGUCAGAGGCUUAGACAGGUGUUUGCUUAUGUCAGGUGUGGGGAACCUUGGCCUUUCCGUCAUCCCUGGAAAUAGGCUAUGCUUGCUGAGGCUGAUGGCAGUUGUAGUUCAGCAACAUCUGGAGGGCCGAUGUCCCCCCUCCCCGGCUAAUGUGAUAUGCAGCAGCAACAAAUGAUGCUUUACUAGUAGUUAUACCUUGCUGUUGAAGGCAGAGAGAAAUGCAUGUUCUAACCAGUUGCUGGUGGGAGGUGGAGGUAGAGGGCAGCUCAGUCAGCACUGUGGAAGCAUGUAUUUGCUGAUUGGCUAGUGGCCUCCAGUCACCUUAGUGGUUCAAGCUGGGGACUUACUAGCCAUACAGCAGCCACAUGUUGACACAGUGUUGGCUGAGACACCCCCUGUGUCAGCAACAUCACCCUCAAUCAGCUGUGAGUACCAGUGAGAUAUGCCUACCAGCAAGCUGCCUUACUGCCCCCACUGCUGGUCAUGUACAUAUCCUUUGUAACUUCAUACAGUGAUUUUUAAAUCCUGAAACAAGAGUGCUCUAAAGUAGCCAAGUUGGUGUUGCCACAUAUUGAAUUUUGUGCUUAAUAAACUUAUUUCUGAUUCUGCCUGUUA